AUGGGUCUCACAUACAAUACAUACCUCAAUUCCGCCAAAAUAUUCGGGUGCAAAAACUGCAAAACCCACCUCGCAGACUUCGACGACAUCAUCUCGCGGAACUUCCGAGGGCAGCAUGGUAAGGCGUUUUUGUUCUCGACCGUGGUCAACAUCAAACAGGCCGAAGCGAUGGAGCGCAACAUGACGACGGGGAGACACAUUGUGCGUGACAUCAAGUGCAAGCAGUGCGACGACACGGUGGGUUGGAAGUACGACAAGGCUUAUGAGGCCAGUGAAAAGUACAAGGAGGGGAAAUUCAUCCUCGAGUCCGAGCUGCUGUGUACGGUGAAUUGA